AUGGCCCCUUCACCUCUCCGACGGAGUUCAGUUAUCACAGAAGGGUCACUGACCCAGACGUCCAUUACUCUCCCACCGACCACCACAUCGACCAUCUCUGUGUCGGUGAUUACGCGUACUACGUCCCAUUCCACCCAUACAGUGACACCAUCAAAGCAAAGUGUGCGAGACCGUUACAAGCUCAUCAAUGGAGCAUAUCGGUCUUUUUUCACAGAGUCCAAUCACUGUAGCACCAACAGUCAUAAUAACAGUAACACAAAGAAUAGCAGUCUCCAUGUCAAUAUUCAUCAUCAUCUCAUUGCCCUGAAAGGGAGCAACAAUAACUCGCUUAUUAAUCGAGUAGUUAAAGCCCCCACUGAUCUGUGUACUGAAGGGAUGAACAGUCGCUACACAACGCACCGGUGCUCUUGUCAGAAAGUGUUCAGCAGUCUCUAUGAUCUCAGUAUCCACCUGCAGGAGACACAUCACAUACCUGCAGGAAGCAAGGAUGCCAAUGUUAUGGAGUAUCCGAAACUUGUCCGUGGCCAAGACAUGUGGCUCAACCAGGAGUCUGAACAAACAAGGCGUAUCCUCCGAUGCAUGCAGUGUGGUGAGUCUUUUAAAACUCUCCCAGAACUGACGCUGCACAUGAUGCAGACCCAGCACUACACAAAAAUUGUUAGUUCUGAUCAUGGACGCCGUUCUCACAAGUGCUCAUCUUACUGUGACCGUGAUUUAGAGAAAGAGUGUAUUUUUAAAUGUAAGGUGUGUCAGGAAACGUACAGUGACAUGGAGGGCCUUGCAAACCAUAUGAUCAUGUCUGGACACCACAAGAAACAAAUUCUACGUUCUUACAAUUCACCAGAAAUUCUGUUAAGGGCCAGGCGAAAACGUCCCUUCAGUAGUGAGGAAAAACCUGGUCUUGGUGCUAAUCCAACUGUAGCUACAUUACUUGAGUUCAAACGGAAGUGUGUCAGCCAUGAUGGACUGAAUAGUCCAAGCUUGAAGUAUACGGAUGUUGUUACAAAAGAGGAUGAUGGAUACAUUACUUGUGAGAACUGUGGAAAAUGCAUAGAAAUGCGGAUGUUUGUCGAGCAUGUGCGGACUUGCGUGAGGCAGCGUUCAGGGGUCAUUGAUGCCCUAAAAAUGAAACUUAAUGUAGAAGAUGACCAACGCCGGGUUAAAAAGUCUGAAGAACCAUCUUCUGGAACAAACCAUGUCCAGGCAAGCCACCAGUCCUCAAAUUCCGUCGAAUAUGAUUUAGCUAAAGUGAAAAAAGAACCCAAAGAUGUUGAUGAGAAACUAGAGGUGUCUAAGGAAAUACCAAUCUGUAGUCCAUCAAAGGUUGAACCUGCUUCUGAAGAAUUGGACUCUUCCACCCCAGAAAUGAAAGUUGUUCCGGAAAAAAUGCAGGUAUGUUCUCCUGAGGAUGAAGACAGCACCAGCAGUAAUGUACGGAAAGAUUCUGAUAGGAUGCUCUUGGAUAUAAUUGAUCCAGAUAACAGCAGUAAUGUUGGGGGACUUUCAGCUCUCCGUGCAAUGGAAUCAUUCAUUCAAAAGAGCUUCAAGAAUAAAUUUGACAAAAACAGUCACAAAGACUCGGUUAGUAGCGGGAAUGUCACAUCUGUGACUCAGGAGUUGAAACAAAGAGCAACACCAGAUAGCCCAACGACAAAAUAUCUUCAGGUUUCAAACCAACCAAAAGUUGCACCUAAAAACAGCUCCAGUCUACAGAAUGUGCCUUCUACCAAGCCACUGCUGUGCAAAGAGAGCAAUGAUGAAUGCUCGGAUCCUGAAUCUGAAGAACCAUUCAAAUCAGCUGGCAAGGAAUUGAAGUCCUUGUCAGAUAUGUGUGAACAGAUAACAAAACAAACAACUGCAACGACUGUUGUAAAGGUUGAAGAAAAGUCAUCGUCCAAUUCUACAGAAAACCAAGAAGAAACUCCAUUGAGCCCCAUGUCUGUGAGUGAGAAGAAACCCACAAAGGAGCCCCUGGAGGAGAAAUACCUUCAGUUGCCACCUACCACUGAAUCUGAUCCGUCUAAAUCCUCGGCACUGGAUUCUUUGAGUAGCUUUGUCUACGGCCAACCCAUGACCUGUGAACACCCCUUAGAUAGUCUACAGAAGCUUAUAACCAACACGGACACUGUUAAAAUGCCAUCACAUGGUACCCAACCCCUCAAGUGCCAGACAGUUGCAUCUUCAUCAUCUCCAGAUAUUUCCAUUCCGUUGAAUUUGUCCACAAAAUGUCAGAAAGAUGAUGAACCUGAAAAGUCUGGUCGUGAAGAUUUAUCAAUCUCAAACAAUAGCGCUGAUGCGGCCCACGGGGAGAUGACCUCGCCGGCCAGCGAUUCGGACAGUGGGGACUACAAGUGUCCGGCGUGUAGUCGGCAGUGUGCAUCUAAGGGUUCGUGCCGCUACCACCUGAGUCGGUGCCACUUGUCGUCAGUGAAAAAGUUUAGUAUCCGGGACCCAUUUAGUAUGAGCCCAUUUGUUUACCUCCCUUUGGACCAUACCGCCAAAUUUACAAAAUAUUACGAGAUGGCACAUGAACUUGCUAAUAAAAGUAGUGUCUCUCAUGAGCUAACUGCAAAAGGAAAAUAG